UUUUAUCACGUGACCUGUUUAUAAAAAUAUAUAUUAAAAAAGUUGUAAAAACAUAUGUCUGAAUUGGUUUUAGGUCAUGACGCCAUGGUGGGGGGAAGGUGUAUCUGUCCUGAGUGGCCCAAGUCUGAAUUUUUGUGCACCUCUCAACUCAGCAGACUUACUGGUUCUUUCAACAAACGUGCAGAGGCUGGUAACACUGUGCCAGACUGGAAACCCAGCAGCGACCAACAGAAGGUCCCUAACCUCUCACUGCUUCAGGGGGGGAGAGACACUAAAAUCAUUACACAUAACAUUCCCUCCAUAAUAUCUAGGAUCUAGCCCAUCCUUCCAGAAGGGCAAGAGUGAGGCCUGUUUCAUGCACAGGGUAACUAAGGAUAGGAAUGGGUCAGGGAUAUUCUAAAACGGGUCCGCAACACCCCCCCACUCCCGGCCGCACAGCAGGAGGUGAGCGGCAGGCGAGCAAGCAAAGCUUCAUCUGCCGCUCCCCAUCGAUUGCAUUACCACCUGAACCAUCGCUCACAUUACCGCCUGAACCUUCUCAGCCCCCACCCACGUCCGUGGAAAAAUUGUCUUCCACGAAACUGGUCCCUGGUACCAAAAAGGUUGGGGACCGCUGUCCUAAAAGAUCACACAGUGCAGCACGGACAGACCAGGGCUCAUACCCAGGAGAGAAAGGCAGGCUCAGAGAGUCACUGAUUGAGCUGAGCCGCUUGUGUGAACAGGUCGGGUCAGGCACUCGAGCUCUUGGAGACAGAGACAGAUGUGAUCCCUGCCUGGUUGAGUUCACACUCGUGUGCAACAGAUGAUAACCAGUAUACAAAGGAAUGGGCUGUGACAAGCGCUGUGGAGGUGACAGUGACUGGAGAGGCCACGUUAGAUGGGGUGGCCAGGGAAGGCCUCUAAGAACGUGACAUUUAAGGUGAACUCUGAAGGAGAAGGAGAGGCCUUCUGGAGAUGGCAGCGGGCGAAAACGUGCAAUGGCCAUGAGGCAGGGAAGAUCUUGCCCAGCUGGAAGAAGGGCUAGAAGCCGCCGUGGCUGGAGGUGCGCGGAGAGAGGAAGAGGCCGGGAGUUUGCGAUUUACUCACAGCGCGGUGGGGACUUAUGGGGGACCUUAGGCCUUAGAGUGGUACCUGACUGCUGUGCGGGGUUCAGAUCAGGGGGAACGAGGAACCGAGGGAGAACCGUUAGAAGGCUGCUCCUGGGGUCCCGGGGAGGGCGAGAAAGGAGGCGGAGACGAUGGAGGGAUUCAGGACUAGUUUAGGGAUGCCUGGACUUGCUGAUGGACCUUGGGGCAGAGAUGAGCACUAGCAUUAAAACACUGCGAUAAAAAAAAAAAAAACCACCACCACUCGAGGGCGGAACCGGGGGAGCCCCUCUACCCUAGUCCUGGUCAACCCUUCCGCCUCCACCAGCGCAGCUCCCUGAUCCGGAACUUUUGUGGCGUGGGAACCCGCCUCCGGCGAGGGGCUGGCAAGAAAAGGACCACGUCCGGCGGGGGGCGGGAAAGAGACGGGCUGCUUCCGGCGCGGCGGUUCCUCCCCGGCCCGGCAAUUUUAGGAAAUGGUUCGGGUGCUCUCGGAAGAAGAGACUUCUCCGUUCGGCUGGCUCUGUUCCCGCUGCCUCCGCUCCACCGCAACCUCCGCGCCGCCAGCCUCUCCUGCCUCCGGUCCCGCCAGAGCCCCCCCCCGCCCCCCGCCAGGCUCCUUAAACAGCUCGGUCCUUGAAGUCCCUCUGUAUCCCUCGCGCCUCUAUAGCCUGUGUUCUCCCGGCUUCUCUAUCCUUCUGCCCCCCUUCCAGAGGCCGACUUUGCGGACGGUGGGAACCACCUGGCUUCCCGGGCGGGAUUGACUGACCGAACGUCCAGUGACUAUCCUAAUCUGGCAGUUGGGGAGUUGGAGAGGUGGCCUGGCCUGGGACUGACCAGGUAGCGUCUUCCCCAGAAGUCAGACAUGGGACUGACUGGCCUCAGGGCAGCUAUGGUGCCUUCUGACUGCCCAGCCAGGGUGAUGGAAUUUGCCUGUGAGACUGACUGACUAAUGGUGGACUGCCCUGGACUAAGCAGUUUUGCAGGAACCACCCAGGGUAAAGGCUCUGAACUGACAGGUCCCUACCCCCAGUGACCAGCCCUGCCAACUUCACUGACCUAUCCCCACCACCCGUGCAGCCAUGGAAAAGAUGUCCCGCGUGACUACAGCCCUGGGUGGCAGCACGCUGACGGGCCGCACCAUGCACUGCCACCUGGAUGCACCAGCCAACGCCAUCAGUGUGUGCCGUGAUGCGGCCCAGGUGGUUGUGGCAGGCCGCAGCAUCUUCAAGAUCUAUGCCAUUGAGGAGGAGCAGUUUGUGGAGAAGCUGAACCUUCGUGUGGGCCGCAAGCCCUCGCUCAACCUGAGCUGUGCAGAUGUUGUUUGGCACCAGAUGGAUGAGAACCUGCUUGCCACAGCGGCGACCAAUGGCGUCGUGGUCACCUGGAACCUGGGCCGGCCGUCCCGCAACAAGCAGGACCAGCUGUUUACGGAGCACAAACGCACGGUGAACAAAGUCUGCUUCCAUCCCACUGAGGCCCACGUGCUGCUCAGUGGCUCCCAGGAUGGCUUCAUGAAGUGCUUCGACCUUCGCAGGAAGGACUCUGUCAGCACCUUCUCGGGCCAGUCUGAGAGUGUGCGUGACGUCCAGUUCAGCAUCCGGGACUACUUCACCUUCGCCUCCACCUUUGAGAACGGCAACGUGCAGCUCUGGGACAUUCGGCGGCCCGACCGCUGUGAGAGAAUGUUCACGGCCCACAAUGGGCCUGUCUUCUGCUGCGACUGGCACCCCGAGGACAGGGGCUGGUUGGCCACAGGUGGGCGUGACAAGAUGGUAAAGGUCUGGGACAUGACCACACACCGCGCUAAGGAGGUGCACUGCGUGCAAACCAUUGCAUCCGUGGCCAGAGUCAAGUGGCGGCCUGAGUGCCGCCACCACCUAGCUACGUGCUCCAUGAUGGUGGACCACAACAUCUACGUGUGGGACGUGCGCCGGCCUUUUGUGCCAGCUGCCAUGUUUGAGGAGCACCGCGAUGUGACAACAGGCAUUGCUUGGCGCCACCCGCACGAUCCCUCCUUCCUGCUCUCCGGCUCCAAGGACAGCACCCUGUGCCAGCACCUGUUCCGUGAUGCCAGCCAGCCUGUUGAGCGUGCCAACCCUGAGGGCCUCUGCUAUGGUCUCUUUGGGGAUCUGGCCUUCGCAGCCAAGGAGAGCCUAGUGGCCACUGAAUCAGGGCGCAAGCCCUACACUGGGGAUCGGCGCCACCCAAUUUUCUUCAAGCGCAAGUUGGACCCUGCCGAGCCCUUCUCAGGCCUCGCCUCCAGUGCCCUCAGUGUCUUUGAGAUGGAGCCUGGCAGCAGUAGCAUGAGCUGGUUCGUGGACACGGCUGAGCGUUAUGCCCUGGCUGGCCGGCCACUGGCCGAGCUUUGUGACCACAAUGCGAAAGUGGCUCGGGAGCUUGGCCGCAACCAGGUGGCGCAGACAUGGACCAUGCUACGGAUCAUCUACUGUAGUCCUGGCCUGGUGCCCACCACCAACCUCAACCACAGCGUGGGCAAGGGCAGCUCCUGUGGCCUGCCACUCAUCAACAGUUUCAAUCUAAAGGAUAUGGCCCCAGGGCUGGGCAGUGAGACUCGGCUGGACCGCAGCAAGGGUGACGCACGGAGUGACACAGUGCUGCUAGACUCCUCAACCACGCUUAUCACCAACGAAGAUAACGAGGAGACAGAGGGCAGCGACGUGCCUGCCGAUUACCUGCUGGGUGAUGUGGAAGGUGAGGAUGACGAGCUGUACCUGCUGGACCCGGAACACGCUCACUCCGAGGAGCCCGAGUAUGUGCUGCCCCAGGAAGCCUUCCCACUGCGCCACGAGAUUGUGGACACCCCACCCGGGCCUGAGCACCUGCAAGACAAGGCCGACUCGCCCCAUGUGAGUGGCAAUGAGGCAGAUGCAGCCUCCCUGGUGCCUGUGGACUCUUCCUUCUCACUCAUCUCCGUCUCACACGCACUGUACGACAGCCGCCUGCCGCCUGACUUCUUCAGUGCCCUGGUGUGCGACAUGCUGCGCUUCUAUGCGGAGCAGGGCGAUGUGCAGAUGGCCGUGUCCGUGCUCAUUGUGCUAGGUGAACGCGUGCGCAAAGACAUCGACGAGCAGACCCAGGAGCACUGGUACACGUCCUACAUCGACCUGCUGCAGCGCUUCUGCCUCUGGAAUGUGUCCAACCAGGUGGUCAAGCUCAGCACCAGCCGUGCCAUCAGCUGCCUCAACCAGGCCUCCACCACCCUGCACGUCAACUGCAGUCACUGCAAGCGGCCCAUGAGCAGCCGGGGCUGGGUCUGCGACAGGUGCCACCACUGCGCCAGCAUGUGCGCCGUCUGCCACCACGUGGUCAAGGGUCUGUUCGUGUGGUGCCAGGGCUGCAGUCACGGUGGCCACCUGCAGCACAUCAUGAAGUGGCUGGAGGGCAGCUCCCACUGCCCCGCCGGAUGCGGCCACCUGUGCGAGUACUCCUGAUCCGCCUGCCGGACCUGGAUGGGUGUGCGGGGCUUGUGAACCAAAUAAAGGAAGCGAGAGACGUAUUGAGGCUGCCUGUCACCCGGUCGCGUCGCUUACAGUCCAGUCCCCGCGCGGGCGACUCUGGUGGGCGGGUGGCAGUGUGUCCACG